GCCCUUCGUGCUGCAGGCGGACAUCGUGCGCGACAGCCAGAUGGGCGUGCUCUCAGGAACCCAGGUCCUGCUGCAGCUGAACAUGCCCAGCCAGGACUGGAGCUGCCAGGGCGGCCAGCCACCCACCCCGCCACGCUAUCUGCCGCUGAACUGCAGCCCCUCGCCAGGCCAGCCAGAGCACGAACCCUUUGGCUGGCUGCGCAACAUCAUCUGGACCUGCGCCCUGGUCUUUGGCGGCCUGGCCCUGCUGUGGCUGGUCCGCCAUCCGCUGAUAGGCCCGGCGCAGCUCAAGCCCGGGCGCCUGCGCCGCAAGCCGUACCAGCAUCUUCCCCAGCUGGACCGGCUGCUGCGGCUCACCGGCCGGCGGUCCGCCGUGCUGCGCGCCGCAGGCAUACGCCCGCCCGACUGGCAGCGUGCCCUGCGCCUUGCCAGCGCCAGCCCCGCCGCCCGCGUGCGCGCCCUGGCCGAACGACUGUCGGCCACCUGCAAAACCGCCGAGGGCGAAUGGCCCGUGCCCGGUGGCAUGUUCGAAUGGACGCUGCCGCCGGACCUGCCCAUCGCCCUGGGCCGCUGCCUGGUCUAUGCGCUGCCAGAGCAGCUGGAAGAACUGGAAGAGGGCGAACUCGUGCGCCAGCUGCGCCUGCUGCAGACCGGCGGCGACGUGGUGCUCAUCGUGAGCCCCCAGCAUCCCCAGUCGCCCAUGCCGCUGCUGCAGCGCCAUGCCGAGGACCGCGCCAAUCUGCACGCAGUGCUGGACAGCCCCGGUCAGACCGAAUGGCUGAUGGGCGGCGAGCCCGCGCAGGUGCUGCUGCGGCUGCUGGCCGCGCAGCUGCAGGUCACGCGCAUCUCGCCCUACCAGACGCGCGGCGGCGUGACGCGCGAGGGACGUGUUCUUCGGCCGCGAGCGCCUGCUGGCGCGCAUACUCACCGCGAACCGGCCAACUACCUGGUCGUGGGAGGGCGCCAGCUCGGCAAAAGCAGCCUGCUCAAGGCCGUGCAACGGCGCCUGCAGGAGCAUCCGUCCAUUGCCUGCCACUACCUCUCGCUGCGCGACCACCGCCUUACGCCGCGCCUGGCCACCCA